ACUAUCACAAGGAUCGUUCUGGGGAUUUAUUUGACAGAUGACAGAUGGUGAAGAAGAAGAAGACACACUCCUAAAAAGUAGGGUUAAGACAGUUAAGUGUAAAGUAGGGUUAUGUUAUGACUUCAUAAUUGUUAUAAAUUAAAGAAAUAAACCAAAAGCGAUGGCUUUACGUAUUGCAAAUACACUGGGACUCAAAUUACUCCAGGAAUCUGCUUGUGGAUUUUUGGCCCCAAUCGCGAGUACCGCUAACACGCAAAUAGUGAGGCACAGGAGAACAAAACAUUGGGAUCCCAAAUGGAAACUUUUGCGUCGUUUAAAGGUUAUGAAGGUGGAUCUUCCGAAGUUCGAUGAAAAAUGGGAGGAUCUAUCAGAGGAAGAGAUACGGUCCAAACUUAAGGAACAAGGCGUUUUGCCACCCAGACCGUGGGCUGAGGGGCAGUAUUUUAUCAGCAACACUGGGGGAAUUUUCGAGGCUUAUGUGCCUCCAGAGGGAGACGGGAAAGUUUCUCCCAUAUCUGCGCAAGGUGCAAAACAAAGUUUGGAAUUUUUGGGCAAAAAAUCCAAAACCAUGAUGGCAAUCCGUAAAGUAAGGCAAUUUGAGGAAGAGUUUGACUCGCUGAAAUUCUGCAAAGAAGCCACCGGUAUUUACAUUAAAAUGCAUGAAUAUAUGUUGGAUGGGGAUGAAGACAAACUGGCAGAAGUCGCUACCGAACGGGCUUUGCCUGAAAUCAUGCAUAACAUGAAAAAUAAAACUAUUAGAUGGAGGUACAUUAAGGACGUGGAACUACCGAGGAUCGUGCAUGCCAGAUGUACGGAUGUUAUAUCAAAAGAAAACAUCUUUGGACAAAUCACAGUCAGGUUCCACACUCAGCAAACUUUAGCGAUCUACGAUCGUUUUGGUAGAUUGAUUCACGGUAGCGAAAUCAUAGCAAAAGACGUUUUGGAGUACGUUGUGUUUGAAAAACAUUUAGCUAGUCAGUACGGCGUUUGGAGGGUUCACGCUAAAAUUAUUCCCGAUUGGAUGCCACCCAAAGAACCAUCACCAAUCACGUUCAAGAAACUUCCCGCCCCUGUGAGCAAGGAAGUGGAAAUUGUUGAAGAAAAACCCCUGGCAAGUCCCAGUGUUAAUAAAAACGAGCCACAACCGGCUGUUGCUUAGUUUGUAAAAAGUAGAAGUUAAAUAAAUAUGUUGAAAUUUUU